AUGGACCGAUUCAACCGCAUGCUCGCUGCGGCGCAGGGUAUGGGCAUAGGCCAUGGCCCAGCACCUGGUCAAGAUACGAACCUUGUUGAUAACUCCGAGACUGUCUACAUCUCCUCCCUUGCUUUAUUGAAGAUGCUUCGGCAUGGCCGUGCAGGCGUGCCCAUGGAAGUGAUGGGUCUCAUGCUGGGUGAAUUCGUGGACGACUUCACUGUGCGAGUUGUUGAUGUCUUCGCCAUGCCUCAAUCAGGAACGUCCGUCAGUGUCGAGUCUGUCGACCCAGUCUUCCAGACAAAAAUGAUGGACAUGCUUCGUCAGACAGGGAGGCCAGAAACAGUUGUGGGAUGGUAUCACUCUCAUCCUGGCUUCGGCUGCUGGCUCUCAAGCGUCGAUAUCAACACCCAACAAUCCUUCGAGCAAUUGACUCCUCGAGCCGUCGCCGUUGUCGUGGACCCCAUACAAUCGGUCAAAGGCAAAGUCGUCAUUGACGCUUUCCGGCUGAUCAACCCGCAAACAAUGAUGAUGGGCCAAGAACCUCGCCAAACCACGUCCAAUCUGGGUCAUCUCAACAAACCGUCCAUACAAGCUCUCAUUCACGGCCUAAACAGACACUACUACAGCAUCGGGAUCCAAUACCGCAAGACAGGCUUAGAAGAGAACAUGCUGAUGAAUCUGCACAAGAAAGUCUGGACCGAGGGUCUUGAAUUGCCGCACAGCUUUGUUGAGGAGCGGAAGCGCAACGAAGAAGGACUGCAACAACUCGUGCACCUGGCAGAAGGCUAUGAACGCCGAGUCCGGGAAGAGAACGAAUUAACGCCUGAACAACUCAAGACGCGGUAUGUGGGCAAGGUGGAUCCGAAGAAACACAUUGAAGACGUUGGUCAGCGAUUGAUCGAAGACAAUAUUGUGGCUGUGUCAAGGCAGAUGAUUGAUAAAGAGGCGAGUGUAGCCAAAAAGACGGCGCAAUCCAACGGCCACGACCACCGGAAUGGUGACAACGGCCUGAUGGAUGUGGAUGAAGAGCUCUAG